GCUCGCCUCAGUUUGCCCCGCCUGGCGCGGGCAGAGUGCCUCUGAGCGCGGGCAGAGUGCCGCUUGCCUUCCGCUUGGGGCGCGGCGGACGGGGAGAGGCCCAGAGUCCAGGCACCGUCUUGGAGGGGGGCGCCUGAACUUUUCCGCUGCGAUGCAGAAAUGGGCUGCUGCCUGCUAGGCCUCGCAAAUAAUCAUUGGCUUGGGAAAUUCCAGACCAGGUGGCUGUCAUGGAUGGAAACCGGGGAACUAUCAAAGGAGCUUCCAACUUCAGGGCAGACGAGGAUGCCCAGAAACUUCGUAAGGCCAUGAAGGGACUAGGUACAGAUGAAGAUGCCAUUAUUGACAUUUUGGUUAACAGGAAUUUGGCCCAACGGCAGGAGAUUAAGAUAGCCUACAAAUCCACUAUUGGGCGGGAUUUGAUUGACGAUUUGAAGUCUGAGUUGAGUGGGAAUUUUGAAAGGGUUAUCAUUGGACUGAUGACACCCAUCACUCUGUAUGACGUGCAGGAGCUGAAAAGAGCUGUCAAGGGGGCUGGGACAGAUGAGGGCUGCCUCAUAGAAAUAUUGGCUUCUCGUACCAACCCGGAAAUCAGACGGAUUAAUGAAACCUAUAAACAUCAGUAUGGGGUUAGCCUUGAGGAAGACAUCGUCUCGGACACCUCCUCCAUGCUCCGGAGAGUGCUGGUGUCUCUUUCCACUGGUAACAGAGAUGAGAGCAGCUAUGUUGAUGAGGGCCUGGCCGUGCAAGAUGCCCAGUGUCUGUACGAAGCUGGGGAGAAUAGGUGGGGCACUGAUGAGGCCCAGUUCAUGAGUAUCCUGUGCUCAAGAAGCAGAAACCACCUGUUGAGGGUGUUCGAUGACUACAGGAAGAUUGCUAACAAAGACAUUACGGAGAGCAUUAAAUCUGAAAUGUCAGGAGAUCUUGAGGAUGCCUUGUUAGCGAUAGUAAACUGUAUAAGAAAUAGGCAUGCAUACUUUGCUGAAAGGCUGUACAAAUCCAUGAAGGGUUUAGGGACAAAUGACGAUACUCUCAUUCGAGUGAUGGUCUCCCGCUGUGAGAUAGACAUGAUAGAUAUCAAGGCAGAGUUCAAGCGGAUGUAUGGAAAAUCCCUCUACUCCUUCAUUAAGGGCGACACCUCAGGAGACUACAGGAAAGUCCUGCUCCUCCUUUGUGGUGGGGAAGACUAACAGCCCAAAUGGCCUCUUGCCUUUUCCUACACCCAGGCAGCACGUCUUGCCCACGCUGCCUGCAGUCUCAAUCUCUUGCAGUAAUCCUUUUAUGCCAGUUUUGCAUCAUGCUAACCUAGAUUUUGUGUACUAUAAUAGGUUUGGAAAUAAUUUCUCCUUGGAAUCAUUGGCAGAUAAUAUACGUGUGGGGAGCUCUGAA